AAAAAAAUUUGGCAUCUCUUCCCCCCUCAAGUUUCUGGUGUCACUUAUGAAACACGGGUCCUUGUUGCUGCAGAGCAGUUGUUUUGCUGGAAGGAGGGAGUGCGCGGGCUGCCCCGGGCUCCUCCCUGCCGCCUCCUCUCAGUGGAUGGUCCCAGGCACCCUGUCUGGGGCAGGGAGGGCACAGGCCUGCACAUUGAAGGUGGGGUGGGACCAGGCUGCCCCUCGCCUCAGCAUCCAAGUCCUCUCUUGGGUGCCCGUGGCCCUGCAGACUCUCAGGGCUAAGGUCCUCUGUUGCCUUUUGGUUCCACCUUAGAAGAGGCUCCGCUUGACUAAGAGUAGCUUGAAGGAGGCACCAUGCAGGAGCUGCAUCUGCUCUGGUGGGCGGUUCUCCUGGGCCUGGCACAGGCCUGCCCUGAGCCCUGCGACUGUGGGGAAAAGUAUGGCUUCCAGAUUGCCGACUGUGCCUACCGCGACCUGGAGGCCGUGCCGCCUGGCUUCCCGGCCAAUGUGACUACACUGAGCCUGUCGGCCAACCGGCUGCCAGGCUUGCCAGAGGGUGCCUUCAGGGAGGUGCCCCUGCUGCAAUCGCUGUGGCUGGCACACAAUGAGAUCCGCACGGUGGCCGCCGGUGCCCUGGCCUCUCUGAGCCAUCUCAAGAGCCUGGACCUCAGCCACAAUCUCAUCUCUGACUUUGCCUGGAGCGACCUGCACAACCUCAGUGGCCUCCAAUUGCUCAAGAUGGACAGCAACGAGCUGACCUUCAUCCCCCGCGAUGCCUUCCGCAGCCUCCGUGCUCUGCGCUCGCUGCAACUCAACCACAACCGCUUGCACACAUUGGCCGAGGGCACCUUCACCCCGCUCACCGCGCUGUCCCACCUGCAGAUCAACGACAACCCCUUCGACUGCACCUGCGGCAUAGUGUGGCUCAAGACAUGGGCCCUGGCCACGGCAGUGUCCAUCCCGGAGCAGGACAACAUCGCCUGCACCUCACCCCAUGUGCUCAAGGGCACACCGCUGAGCCGCCUGCCACCACUGCCAUGCUCGGCACCCUCAGUGCAGCUCAGCUACCAACCCAGCCAGGAUGGUGCCGAGCUGCGGCCUGGCUUCGUGCUGGCGCUGCACUGUGAUGUGGAUGGGCAGCCGGCCCCUCAGCUUCACUGGCACAUCCAGAUACCCAGCGGCAUUGUGGAGAUCACCAGCCCCAAUGUGGGCACUGACGGGCGUGCCCUGCCCGGCACCCCUGCGGUCAGCUCCCAGCCGCGCUUCCAGGCCUUUGCCAAUGGCAGCCUGCUUAUCCCCGACUUUGGCAAGCUGGAGGAAGGCACCUACAGCUGCCUGGCCACCAAUGAGCUGGGCAGUGCUGAGAGCUCAGUGGACGUGGCACUGGCCACACCCGGCGAGGGUGGUGAGGACACACUAGGGCGCAGGUUCCAUGGCAAAGCAGUUGAGGGAAAGGGCUGCUAUACGGUUGACAAUGAGGUGCAGCCAUCAGGGCCGGAGGACAAUGUGGUCAUCAUCUACCUCAGCCGUGCUGGGAACCCUGAGGCUGCAGUCGCAGAAGGGGUCCCUGGGCAGCUGCCCCCAGGCCUGCUCCUGCUGGGCCAAAGCCUCCUCCUCCUUCUCUUCCUCACCUCCUUCUAGCCCCACCCCGACCAAGGCUGGGAUGAAGCAGCCCCAGGGCUUUCCUAACUCCUCCCCUUGCCCCUGCCAAUGCCCCUUUAAGUGCUGCAGGGGUCUGGGUUUGGCAACUCCUGAGGCCUGCAUGGGUGACUUCACAUUUUCCUACCUCUCCUUCUAAUCUCUUCUAGAGCACCUGCUACCCCCAACUUCUAGACCUGCUCCAAACUAGUGACUAAGAUAGAAUUUGAUCCCCUAACUCACUGUCUGCGGUGCUCAUUGCUGCUAACAGAAUUGCCUGUGCUCUCCUCUCAGGGGCAGCAUGCUAACAGGGUGGUGCCCUAAUCCAACUGGGAGAAGCCUCGGUGGUGGAAUUCCAGGCACUGUGACUGUCAAGCUGGCCAGGGCCAGGAUUGGGGGAAUGGAGCUGGGGCUUGGCUGGGGGGUGGUCCGAAGCAGACAGGGAAUGGGAGAGGAGGAUGGGAUGUAGACAGUGGUUAGCAUGGCUCUGAGGCUCCCCAGGGCCUGCUCAAGCUCCUCCUGCUCCUUGGUGUUUUCUGAUGACUUGGGAGAUUGGGAGCCCCUUUGUCCUCAUCUGAGACUGAAAUGUGGGGAUCCAAGAUGGCCUUCCAUCCUCUUACCCUUCCUCCCUCAGCCUGCACCCUCUAUCCUGGAACCUGUCCUCCCUUCUCCCCAGCUAUGCAUCUGUUGCCUGCUCUUCUGCAAAGGCCAGCCAGCUUGGGAGCAGCAGAGAAAUAAACAGCAUUUCUGAUGCCC